GUAAAAACAAAAAUAAAUUAUGAAAAAAUGUCAUUAUUGAAAAAUAAAAAGAGUACACCAUAUCAGACUUUGAAGUGUGUGGACCGUCCCAUCAAUCUUACUAGUUACUGUCAUAAAAAAAGCAAGCUUUUUAUUUUUUAAAGCUUUUACAAAAACAAAAAAAAAAUCUUCUAGCUGAAGAACGAGUGGGUGACUCAGUGAGUUGUGCUGUAUUAAGAAUCGGAAGAGUGACCAAAAAAAAAAUGUCAGUUUCUGAGCCAAAUAUCAUGGCUUCCCCUUCAUUUACUACUACUCAACCACCUACUCCAAUUAAGAGUGAUAACCCUAGAAGAUUUCCUCAAGCUCAAGCUCAUGAGGAUGAUUUCAACACUGUCGGUGCCACUCUCAGCUGCCCUUACGGCCAUGGAAGCUGUCCACUCAAGGUUUCUCGCUCACAAGCCAACCCUGGAAGACCUUACUACUCUUGCUCUACUCAAUUUUGUAGAUUCUUCAAAUGGGCUUCUUCUGAAAAUAAUAAUAAUAACAAUCACGCCAAUGAUGUUGUUGUUGGUGGGGUUAAACGCCACCGGAUUCUUCCUCAUGAUUAUCCUGAUUGUCGUUGUGGUGCCGGAAAAUGUAAGCUUUUGUUUGACAAAAAUGGCGCCCAAAAUUACUUUGUUUGCCCUAUUGAAAAGGGACAUGGAGCUUGUAGUUUUAAAGUUCAGGCCAUGGCUAAUAGUUCUACUACACCUGGAAUUGUGAGCUCUGUGUUGAAUGAGGAUAAUCAAGUUAGCUUUGAGAAUCAAAAGAGAACUAAAUUUGACUCAAAUGUAGUUGUGAUGGUGGAAAAUAAUAAUAAUAAUAAUAAUAAUAAUAAUAGUCCUCCUGAUCAACCUGAUCAACCAUCUACACCUGUACAAAUGGGGAUUGGAAAUGAAGAGAAAGAGAAAGAGUCAGAGCAAGAGCAAGAGUUGGAAUAUGUAAACGUAGAGAAAACACUCCAAGUUUCUUGUUUAAAAUCAGAUACAAUUCAAUUUGGCCAAACUGAGUUUCUGAACCAGAUUUCUGCAGAUUCAGAUCCUGCUAAACAAAUACUAGGUAGGCUUGUUUUGGGUUGGUUGGGGAGGCUUGCAUUCCCACCUUCUGGAACCCUUACUAUGCCUCAACAAGCAAGGCCUUUCUUAUGCUGUGUUUUUCCAUCAUUGGAUCCAAUCUAUGUCCCCAAGGCCACUGGUGUGGGUGCAGUUAAUUCGAGAGUCUUAAAUGAAUCUUCUCAUGGUGUUUCAGAUACAUCUAGACAAAUUGUGAGUCGGGAUUCUGAAUGCGGCGGCAUUUUAAUGGAGCUCUCGAGCAUUAAGAAUGUUGGUGGUGGUGUAGGAGAAAGAGUACUAGAUGAAUUCAUGGGACCAAUCUCAGAAGCGCUUGGGGAAGCAGGAUUGCUUGUGCAAAAUCAGCUGCUGAGUAUUCUCGAGUCCACGAAUCCAGUGAACCACAAUUCGAUGAGAGAAGCAGCGAACAAGACAUUUUCUGUCUUGAAACUUCUCUCAAUUGAUCAUAGGGCGUUUUCUGAGCGUGUGAGGAAGUUCAUUUCGUGUGCAGCAGAGUUUGCUAAGAUAGAAUAUGAGUGGAGGAAAAAGGGUGAAGUAGUAAUGUGGCUUCCAGGAAAGAUUGAGGAUUUGUAUGAGAAUGAGAAGGCUAAGCUUGAUGAGAUAGCGGAAAUUGAAAGGGAGACGAUGGCUGCAAUCGCUGCUUCUGAUAAGGGAGUGGAGUGUGUUGCAGAAGAGGUAAUGCAAGUGAGGGAAAAGCUUGUUGGGAUGGAGAAAGAGUUGAGGCAUAGGAAGAUAGAAAAUGAGGAACUGAAAUGUCGAGCGGGAAUGAUAAAAGAGGAUAUGGAAGAGGCGAAAAAGAAGAUGGAGAAAGCAAGAGCAGCAAAGACGGUGCAUGAAGAGCGAGCUGCUGCAAUUGAAGCAUUGGAAAUGGCCAGGCUUCACCUUAGACACAAUCACUAAACUUCAAGGGGGUUUGGCCUAGUGGUAAAGGGUCUUACUCGGGGAUGUCUAGUUAGGCGCACGGUCACAGGUUCGAUCCCCACUAGCGUCAAUAUUUGAGGCCGCUGUGGCAUUCUUCGCUUGGUAUGAGGUAGAGGGUCGUUGGAUUAGUCGAGGUGGGAGCAAACUAGCUUGGAAAUCCUAAGUUUAAAAAACAAAAUGUAUAUGCUAAUAUGAUGAUAUGUUAGGUAUAGAAUAUAAGAUAAGAUAGGUAAUAUGACUAAGUAUUGUAAGUUGUACCAGGAUCCUAACUAAGUAAUGUUAUUCUGUAAAUUGACAUUUCUUGAUCAGUAUUGUAAGUUGUAUCUAUUUCUUUUUUAAGUUUUCAAAA